GAGCUGCCUUUCAGUGUCACCCAUCAGUGCCAGUCAGCGCCACCUAUCAAUGCCAGUCAGUGCCACUUAUCAGUAGUGCCAGUCAGUGCUGCCUAUCAGUGCGCAUCAUCAGUGCUGCCUAUCAGUGCCACCUAUCAGUGUCGCCUGUCAGUGCCAUAUAUGAGUGCUACCUUUCAGUGCCCAUCAGUGAUGCCUGUCAAUGCCCAUCAGUGCCACCUACCAGUGCCUCCUCAUCAGUGCCACCUAUCAGUGCCCAUCGCUGCAGCCUCAUUAGCGCACAUCAGUGAAGGAGAAAAAAUCACUUAUUUACAAAAUUUUAUA